CCUCAAUAACGUAGCCCUUAUCAAAUUUGACUUCCUCUGAUUAGGCGCCCGUGCCUGCCACACGUGCUUGCGUAAAGAUAACAAAAAGCUAGGUCCGCUGGGGCCGAAUCCUUCCCUGGAUUCUCCUGCACACCCUGACCAGCACUCAGACGUCUCUGCCUUGAGUUCUCCAGGCAUAGCACCACUAUGUCGCGUGUUUCCACGUCUUCAGUGACCAAAGAACAGCCGUCACCUGCUGCCAAUCCCAACCCACGCUCUGUAUUCAGCGUCGUACGACAGAAAGUGACUACGAAACAUGGCUGGUUUGGUGACUAUGAUUAUCGAUGGCUCUGUCUGCCAUCUCUUCCUACAGCUAGAAGCAAACAACCGCCAUUUUAUGGCAUCAACGACGAACUCCCGCUUGUACUGGCUAUAACAAGCGGGUUGCAGCAUGCACUUGCGAUGCUUGCAGGUCUCAUUGCACCGCCCAUCAUUCUUGCCAGUGCCUUGAUGCUGGACUCUGACACAUCAUCCUACAUGAUAUCAGCUUCACUCAUCGGGUCUGGCAUUCUAAGUUUAGUACAAAUGUCACGCAUAAAGUUAUGGGGCCGCUAUUAUCUUGGUACUGGGCUUUUGUCCGUGGUCGGGACGAGUUUUGCUACGCUCAGUACAGCAAGUGCCAUUUUCAACAUGAUGUACGCCAACGGCACAUGUCCUUCGACAACUGCUGCGGAUGGGACUGUCACGCGAGGACCGUGCCCAGAUGCCUAUGGGAUGAUACUUGGCACUUCCCUUAUUUGCGCAUUUUUAGAGAUCGGAUUGUCAUUUCUUCAUCCGCGGAUUUUGCAACGGAUUUUUCCUCCCAUAGUCACUGGCACCUGUAUCCUCAUGAUUGGAUCAUCUCUCGUCGGGUCCUCUGGCAUCCUUGACUGGGGUGGUGGUUCGAAUGGAUGUCAGGCGCGCCCGACCAGCGGGAUCUAUCAGCUAUGCCCGACAGUUGGGUCUCCCCAUGCAUUACCAUGGGGCUCUCCUCAGUUCAUAGGUCUCGGGUUCCUCUCUUUCGUGAGCAUCAUUCUCACGGAACUCUUCGGCUCUCCGUUCCUCAAGAAUGCGAGUAUCAUCGUUGGGCUUGCAGUAGGAUGUAUCGUUGCCGGCGCAGCCGGGUACAUCGACGGAAGUACCAUCACGAGUGCACCUGCAAUCACAUUCUUAUGGGUAUAUCGAUUCAAGAUUAAUGUGUACCCGCCAGCUAUUUUACCUAUGCUAGCAGUUUACGUAUCAACGACAAUGGAAGCAAUUGGCGACAUAACCGCGUCUUCGGAAGUGUCCCGUAUCCCUGUCGUGGGAGAGGAUUUCGAUUCAAGAAUACAAGGCGGUGUUCUGAGCGAUGGGAUAGGUGGAUUUAUUUCUGCCUUGUUUACUGUCACUCCUCUAUCUGUAUUUGCGCAGAAUAAUGGUGUCAUUUCUGUCACUCGCUGUGCAAACCGCACCGCAGGAAGAUGGUGUUGUGCCUUCCUUAUCAUCUUCGGUUGCCUCGGAAAGAUCUCAGGGUUCUUCCUCGCAAUACCCAACCCCGUCUUGGGCGGUGUGACGACGUUCCUCUUCGCGAGCGUCGCCGUCUCAGGCCUCCGCGUUCUUUCUUACAUCCAGUACACGCGGCGCGACAGAUUCAUCCUCGCUGCAGCGUUGUCAUUCGGCGUUGGGGACCUUCUUGUGCCCACUAUCUUUACUUAUCUAUUUGAUGGUGUGAGUAACCCAAAUAAAGGUCUCCAAGGGUUGUUUGAGAGCAUCACGAUUCUGCUAAGCACGCCUUUUUUGAUAUCUGGCAUCGUUGCCUUGGUGCUGAACUUGAUACUCCCGCACGAUAUGUCACAACAGGACGAAGAUGAGGAGGUUGUAAAUGUUGCGCAGGAUAUGGAGAUUCAGGUACUAGAACAGGAGCGAUGACUGGGAUGUGAUUUGUACAGCGCAUGCCAGUUCCAACGUGGAUACACUCCCCUCUCAUACAUUGAGUGAAACAGUUUUAUAAUGUCAUGUAUAGGAAAGAUUAUUCCAGCUUACGAGACAUGGAAUAUCGAUGGCUCAUGUUUCGCACUCUUCCAG